UCCAUCAAACAAUGGCCCUUGUUGGAGAGCUUGUAAAUGAAACAGAAGUCAAUGCAAAUGCAAACAAGUUUUUUCAUUUCUUCAAACAUGAAAUCUUCCAUACUCCAAACAUUUCGUCAAAUUUGAUCCAACAAGUUAAACUCCACGAAGGAGAUUGGGACGUCCAUGGCCAUGGCUCCAUCAAGAUUUGGAAUUACACUAUAGAUGGUAAGCCAGAAGUUUUCAAAGAACGAGUGGAGUUCGAUGAUAAGAAACUAGUGAUGAAGUUGGUUGGAUUAGAAGGAAAUGUGUUUAAGCAUUACAAAACUUUCAACAUUAUAUAUCAAAUUGUGCCAAAAAAACCUCAGCAUAGUUUAGUGGUUAUGAAUUUGAAAUAUGAGAAACUUGAUGAUGGCUCACCUGCUCCAUACAAAUAUGUUGAAUUUUUGGAAAAUCUCAUCAAAGAUAUCGAAUCACACCUUAAGUAAUAAGAGCGUACAUGGCUCGAUUUAUGCUUCCUGUCUCUCGCUCAUAAUCUGAUACGAGUACUUACUGUGUAUGUUGACAUUUAUAUGAUUUCUAGAGAUUUUGAGGAUUUAAUAAAGAGUAAAUAAUGAUUAUCCUCAUUGUUAUAAUUGUAUGAAGCUCAAAUAUAGUGUUUGUCCGAUAUACAAUAUGAUAUAUACACAUAUAUAUCUAUAAAUUAAAUAUAUUCCACCUAGUAUUUUA